AGGCCAUAGUCAACCACGCUGGCCAAGUGUGGGAUAGUUGAAGUAAUUUUUAUAUAUAUAGUAAAUAGCAUAUAGUCAGAAAAGGUCUUAAAAUGGUUGGUGCAUCUGAUAAAUGCACAUUUGGUAUUCGUAUGCCUAUCAACGUUCACAUGCUCAAUGCAAUCAUUGCCAGAGAGGUUAAACAUUUCCGCAACUACAAAACAUAUAGACCUAAUUUUGGAGCUCUACCAGUAUCUGGAAAAUUCCAUGCUGCUCACGACAUUCAAAUAGAAACAGAGAAUCUAAAGUUAAAGGUUGACGAUUACUGCAAGGAGGUGACGAAGGCCAGAUCAAUGGGACCUCGCAGUAAAUAUUCAACUCCGGUUACAUCUAAUCACGAAUAUGGUUGGCAUUACAAACCUUUAAUAAAUUUAGAUCGUAACGACCGCCGCUUCUACCAACCAAUCACUGAAAGCGAUGAUACAAAGAUAGAAAUUAUUAUUCACAUGUCCAAUCCAAAGAGCAAAUUGAAAACGUAACAAAUAAUAUUAAAAGCUUUACAUAUUUCUGCCUCUUUUUAGUCAAAGAGAAUGAAAAGGAUAGCAAUAUAUUAAUACAAGUGUGUAGAUUUGAA